AAAAAUGCGACAGCAUAGUAUUUGUUGUUGUUAUGGUUUGAGGUUGUAUUCGAAAUUAUGACAUUGACAUUCUCAGUAGUGACAAAUCUUCCAUUAUUUGGCGGCUCACUUACUCUUAAUUCUGAGCUUCGUCUUCGUGCUUGCCGAAUCGCCCUUUCUACUCAUGACGCCUUUAAUCGUAGUCAACGCGUCUCCAAUUUCUGUGUUUCUGAGGGUCGCAGGAGGAAUUUAGCCCAUGAUCCUCGCACGUGGAUGCAUCCAAUGAGCGACGAUGACGACGAUGAGGAUCGGACUUUGGACCUAUUGGUGAGGUUCUUUCAGAAUGUGUUCAAGAAGGUGUCAAAGAGAGCCAGGAAAGCAGUUAGAUCCGUUCUCCCUCUUCCCAUCUCCUCCCAUUUGGUCGGAUUUUCUGUCAAUGGGAUCCUGCUUCUCGCAUUCUUGUGGAUUCUCAAGGCAUUUCUUCAGGUGUUAUGCACACUUGGAAGUGUAGUGUUUGUAAGCAUCUUAUUAAUCCGUGGGAUAUGGUCUGGUGUUAGUUUUUUACAAGAAAGCGGACACCAAAAAAUGGAUGAGCUAGAUAUGCACAAUGCCUGGAAUGGUGCGCAGCCCAUGACUUGAGUACAAACAAUCAAGGCUUAUUACUACUACUUGUAUAGACAGGGAAGUCCAAUUGACGAAAUAAUACUUAGAGAAAACUGUACACUGCUCCUGGAAGCAUACCUUGCUGCAAUUAUGAUUGCCUAAGAAUUAUAAAUACGGGAAGCGCUGAACAAGACGACUCCUUUCAAAUAUUUGUGGUUUGUACGUUUAGAAGCAGUCACUAACUUUACAAGUCCAUUCAUGAUUCAUAUAUAUAUUUUCACCCUUUUUAGGGCUAAUAAAAGGGUGAUUCAUAUGAUACCAUUAAUAUCCAAUGUAGAACAAAUAUAGGAAUGUUGAUGUAUCUGUGUUAUAGCCAGUAGAUUUAUGACUUUCUUUGCUAGAUGUUA